AUGAUGACAGACCCUAUUGCCAUCGUUGGUUUCAGUUUCCGACUGCCAGGUGAUGCAAAUACUCCGGACAGAUUAUGGGAAAUUCUAGCAGGUGGUGAGCAAGUAUGGACGGAUGUGCCAGAAAGUCGGUAUAAUUGGCAGUCAUUCCAUCACCCUGACCCAGAUGCAAAAGGGACCCAUAAUGCUCGCGGAGGUUUCUUCCUCAACCAAGACAUCGCCGAGUUCGACGCAAAGUUCUUCGGGAUACCCGACGCUGAGGCUGUGGCCAUGGACCCUCAACAACGCUUGCUGCUUGAGGUCUCCUAUGAAGCGUUAGAGAAUGCUGGCAUGCCCAUUGAGGGGCUUCGAGGCACUAACACUGGCGUAUAUAUUGCGCUUGUAAGCCGCGACUAUGACCGCCAAAUAUACAAAGAUCCAAGCCAGAUCCCCAAACAUCACUUGACCGGAUGUGGGGAUGCAGUAGCUUGCGGAAGGAUAUCUUAUAUGUUCGAUUUCAGAGGUCCUUCUAUGACCAUUGAUACCGGCUGUUCGGGCGGUUUGGUGGGAAUCCAUCUCGCCUGCCAGGCCCUUCGUCUUAGAGAGUCAAAUAUGGCACUGGUUGGGGGAGCAAAUUUACUUCUGGGACCAGAUAUGACAGUUGCUAUGAGUAAUCUACACAUGAUAAAUGAGAAUGGCCGUUGUUACCCAUUCGACUGUCGUGGGGCUGGAUAUGGCCGGGCUGAGGGGGUCGCCGUCCUUGUGCUGAAAAGACUCAGCGAUGCCGAGAGAAACGGUGAUACAACCAGAGCAGUCAUAUUGAAUUCCGGGGUUGGCCAGGACGGCAAGACUAAUGGUAUCCUACUUCCGAAUUCCAACUCGCAGCAGCGGUUGACGGCUAGUUUGUACGAAAAGAGCGGGCUUGACCCGCAAGAAACUCAAUAUGUCGAGAUGCACGGAACCGGUACAGCCGCCGGCGAUGCUGCAGAGAUCAGAUCGAUUCAGGAAGUUUUUGUUGGUGAUGGAUCCAGAAGACAACAAGCAUUAACGGUCGGUUCGAUAAAAGCCAACCUUGGGCAUUCAGAGAGUACGAGUGGAUUAUCCGGUAUCCUCAGUGUUGUUUUGUCAAUGGAGAGGGGCCUCAUUCCUCCAGUCGCAGCGCUGCAGACCCUGAAGCCAGAAGUGUCACUGGCAGUGGAUAGUGGGAAAAUCAAAAUCCCCCGGAAGGUUUAUACCUGGCCGACCGGUUCAGUCCGCCGAGCAAGCGUGAACAGCUUCGGAUUCGGCGGCACCAAUGCUCACGUUAUCUUAGAAGGGUAUUCGAGACCGGGAGAUGGCGACGCGACCGGUUGUUAUCCCACGAGGACGGUCCCAUUUUUAAACGGACUGGCCAAUGGUCAUGAAUUUCAUGACCAGAAAUCGAGCCCCGGCUACCCGAAUGGGUUACUGAACGAGCACCGACAGAAUGGCGCAGAAACAAAGACAGAUAUUGCCAACAUAUCAUCCGUAGCAAAAGACGAUGAACCUUUGCUCUUCGUGAUUACCGCUAAGUCUAAGGAAUCGCUCAAGGCCAACAUCGAAAACCUUCGGUGGUGGAUCAACAAACAUGAACCCAGCCCCGAUGUGUUGUUCAGCUUGUCCAGAACUCUGGCGACCAGACGUUCCGCAUUCAACUGGAGAGCUAGCAUUGUUGGCAAGGCGAAAUCAGAUAUCAUCACUUCUAUGAGCAGUACUCGCCUCACCAAAACGUCCUCAAAUCCCAAGACGAUUUUCUUGUUCACCGGUCAAGGUGCACAAUAUGCUGCGAUGGGAAGAGAGCUUCUGCACCUAAACACUACAUUUUCAUACUCACUUCAGAAAUCACAAGAGAUCCUGCGGAAUCUGGGUGCUUCUUGGGAUCUCAUGGAUGAACUUCGAAAGCCUGAGUGGGAAUCCAGAAUUAACUCGAGUCAACUUUCUCAGCCUGCGACGACUGCCAUUCAAAUCGCCCUCGUGAGCCUUCUGGCUCAAUUAGGUGUCCACCCGGUGGCUGUUCUCGGACAUUCGAGUGGUGAAGUUGCUGCUGCUUAUGCGGCCGGUAUGUUGAGCCAUGAAGCUGCCCUUCAAAUAUCAUACCAAAAAGGAUUUGUCGCUGAAUGGUGCCGGGAGGUCAUUGAGGGUAAGGGAGCAAUGCUGGCCGUUGGACUGGGCGAGAAGGAUGUUUGCAGAUAUCUAGACAACAUCCUUUCAGGCCGAGCAUUGGUCGCUUGCGUCAAUAGUCCUUCUAGUGUGACCAUAUCGGGCGACGAAGCUGCAGUGGUAGACCUAAAGAUACUUUUGGACAGAGACUCUAUAUUCAACAGACGGCUGAAGGUCGAUAUCGCAUACCAUUCACACCACAUGUAUGCGGUAGCUAGGAAGUUCGAGGAGUCCCUCCAUGGGUUGACUGCCACAGCCCCUCUAACGCAGACGAAGUUCUUCUCCUCAGUGACAGGCAGCGAGUAUUGCGAUGUACCGGGUCCGUCGUAUUGGGUCGAUAAUCUAGUAUCCACGGUCCGUUUUUCCGAAGUCCUCGACCGACUUGCGAGAGAAUGUGGAGGAGCUAUCCAUGAUCUAGUGUUUGUCGAGGUCGGGCCUCACAGUGCUCUGGAAGGCCCAAUACGUCAAACAAUGGGUUCCUUGGGAGAAAAAUGCAAAUGGUCCUACUCACCUACCUUAGUCCGGAAGCGAGAUCCUUGUCAAGCAGUCCUUGAGAUGAGCGGCCGCCUCUGGGAGCAAGGUUUAUCAGUAGACAUCAACCAGUCAACUCUUCUACAUGGUGAGCCUCCUCGUCUCUGCAGCCUUAUCCCAGAUCUACCAGGGUACUCUUGGGACCACUCGAAAAGAUAUUGGCACGAAUCCCGGCUUAGUAAAGAUUACCGACAUCGCCCACACCCCCCACAUGACUUGCUCGGACUUCGGUUAAUAGGUACCACAACAAUGGAGCCAGUUUUCCGCCUGAUCCUCAGCAUAGAUGAUCUGCCCUGGCUACAAGAGCAUUUGAUUGACCGGUUUGCUUUGUAUCCCGGGUCUGCUUUCUUAGUCCAAGCCAUAGAAGGACUCAAAAAAGUGACCGAAGAGCGAGGAGAAAGGAGGAAAAUUGAACGCUACCAUUUUAAAGAUGUUAAUUUCACAAAGUCCAUCGUGGUGCCGGACUCACCAGGUGCUGUGGAAGUUCUGCUGAGUCUGAAACCAGCCAGAAAAUCAGGUGAGAGGCUUGGUAUAACAUGGCACGAAUUUCGAAUUACCUCGCAGGCUGCUGAUGGCUCCUGGAAUGACAACUGUCAUGGAUUGGUUGGCUGCGAAUUUGCACCGGAGGUCCGGUUUGCUGGACAAGUCUGUCCAUUAGCCACAGCUGCACAGCGAGUGGACGAACUCACAAAAAAAUGUAACCGUCAAUUGCUAACCUCGGACCUGUAUGACGGUCUCAGGCGGAACGGUAUUGAUUAUGGCGACAAUUUUUCCAUCAUCAAGAGCCUGAAAAUAGGUAAACAAGUUUGCCUUGGGAAGAUUGAAGUGCCAGAUAUUGCGAAAUGCAUGCCUUCGGGACAUUUGCAGCAUCAUGUGAUCCAUCCAGCGACGUUCGACGCCUUUAUGCACAUCGCUCUUCCGCUGUACCAUCGAUUUUGCAGUGAGGGUCCGGUGAUGCUCACUUCCAUCGGAGAAGCGUCGAUUUCUGCCAACAUAUUGAACAAGCCCGGCGACAGCUUCACGGUCGUCUGUGAUCUGAAACAAGCGCGUCGUAAAUUCGGAGCAGUUAACGUGUCAAUCAUGCAGGAAGAUGACCAUGGUCAGAUGGUUGAGGUUGGCUCCCUGACCAAUGAAGAGUUUCGAGGCAUUGGUGAAGGUUUCGCGGAGACUACCCCUGCGGCAACCCGCUGCUACAGUCUCAAUUGGGUUGCUUCGGAGAGAACUUCAGCGUUGCCCCAAGAGCGGCUGAACCACAAAUUGCAGCUCUGCUCAUUUAGCCAGAGCGACCAGGCCAAUGGUAUAGUGAAACACAUUAUCAGUCACCUCAGCGAACGAGCUGACGCUCUUAUCCUUCCGUGGAAUCGCGAGCCGAUAAACUCGAGCUCGAUCCAAGUUGUGAUUGAAGAGGACUUCCUAUCGAAGCUAUCGACUACCGAUAUGUCAACAUUUUUUGCCCAAGUAAAGUCCGUGCUGUGGAUUACCAUCUGUCCGAGCGAUGGCCAGAACUCAGCUUACGCUCCGUUGGCACGAAACAUGGCGAAAAUUAAUGGAGUACACUUUGUCUCUUUAGCGUGUCAAGACGAUGUCAGGAGCGGUGACACCCUCAGCGAUCUAAUAGCCGAGGUUAUCACUAAGUCAUUUGCCGAAAUAGACAAUACAAGAGUCAUUGACUUCGAGUACGAGUAUCGCCGGGGAACGUUGUUUGUCCCGAGACUGCAGCCACAUGAAGAUUCGAAUAGACGGUUGAAAGGGCUCUCGUGUGAUGAAUCUGGUGAACAUGUCGCCAAGUUUCAUUGUGGAAAAGCCCUGAAAUUGGACUUCAAGAACCCUGGUUUGUUAAGCAGUGCACGCUUUGUGCCCAACAGUAACGCGGAAAGCCAAACAGCAUCUGAUGAAAUCAAGGUCAAAGUAUACGCCCAUGGAGUCAACCGGAGCGACGUCGCCGUCGCCACUGGAAGGGCAAAUUCUGCAGAAUCAAUGGUUGGUGAGUUCGCCGGAGUAGUGAUUGACGUCGGUACUGCGCUCCGGUCAGAAUACAAGGCCGGUGAUCGUGUUUGUGGGUGGGGAGCAAUACCUUACGCGAAUAUCGUCAGAAUAAACCACCACUUUGUCCAACACCUCGACGAUUCGAUCUCUUUUGAGCGAGGAGCAGCCAUCCCACUGGCAUUCCAAACGGUGUGUCAUGCUCUAAUGGAUAUUGUACUCCUCCAGGAGUCGCACCGCAUCCUCAUACAUGGGGCUGCGGGAGCGGUGGGGCAAGCGGCGAUAUCAAUUGCACAGCAUAUUGGGGCCGAUAUCUACGCCACUGUAGGAAGCGAAGAAAAGGCCCGCUUAGUGACGGAGGCAACGGGGUUGACUCGUGACCACAUUUUCUCAAAUCGAAGCACAGCCUUUCAAAACCAAAUUGACCACCAAACCGGAGGACAAGGUGUUGAUGUCGUCUUGAAUUGCUCUUCUGGGGAUCUCGUCGACGCAAGUGUUCCAUGCCUCUCAGACCUUGGUGUCAUCAUCAAUAUCGUCAAGUCCGACAUCACCUUUUCUACGCCACGCUGCAACAAAAAUAUCUCAUAUACCAGUGUCAACAUGAACGCGCUCAAAGCAAAGUAUCGUCAGAGGUUACACGAAAAAUUUGGGCGAGCAAUGGCGAUGUAUAAGUCUGGCGGUGUGAGAUGUCCCAGCCUCGCAGUUAUGCCUAUCACGGAUAUCGAAAAGGCCUUCAGGGUUAUUAAUAGCGAAAAACACGUCGGAAAACUUGUCUUGAGCUCUGAUGACCAAGUUUAUGUGCGGCAAACUGUGCCUCUAGAUCAGGCUACCGAGCUUGACCGAGAUGGGUCUUAUGCGGUCCUCGGGGGAACUCCAAACCUCAAUGAGAGCUUAUGUACUUUUCUUGCAGACCGUGGUGCCGCCGACAUUGUUGGCAUCGCUUUCACAAAUGGCAGUUCUGGACAGAAUUUUAGGCCUCUGCAGCAUUUUUAUGGAGCAGGAACUAGAUGUGAGUGGUUCGAACUAGACGUCUCAAACCCUCUAGGAGUCGAGGACACAAUGGCAAGAUGUAGAGAGAGGCUGGCAUCAGUCCAGGGAAUCUUCAGCAUAGAGCCAAUCUUCGGAGCGUCCGAAACAACAAUCAAUGGAGAGCUUAGGGUGAACACUGACUACCUAUCUCGCUGCACCACUCUUGUACGUCAGCUCAUACAACACCAUGCUCCGGACUUCAUUAUCACUCUAUCACAGCGGGCACCAAGGACAGGUGAGGCUAUUGGGUGUAUUAUGCCCACAGAUACGAUAAUUGACGAGGGGGGCUAUGGUAUCCCGAACCAUCAGACGCGCCAGAUCAUUCUGCGAAUGCCCAUCAUCGACAGCUCUGUGAACAAUAACCAGAUCUCUCCCAACGAAAUCUCGUCUCGGCACCAAGGAGAGCUCUCCGAAAUGCUUGGCCACUGUCUCUGCGCCAUAGGAGAGCGAGAGGGCCCCAGGGAGAUUUUGGUGCUCCCAACAGAGCGGAUCGAGCUUGACUGGAGAGAUGCUCUUUUCAGUGAUAUUCGACGAAAUGAUGGGACCACAGCGGUCAACACAGAUGGUCCGGAGCCCAUGACGCUUGAACAAGAGUUCAAACAGGCCAAAGACCCACAAGCUAUCACAAGGAAUAUUAAUUCCUUGGUGUGCGAGCGGCUUGCCGCCUUCUGCGCCGUUGAUCGUGAUGACAUACGUAUGGACGCAGCAAUUGUGGACGUCGGACUAGACUCGCUCCUGGCAAUAGAGUUCAAGAACUGGAUCAUGCGUACCUUUCAAGCUCCGAUGCAAACAACGGAAAUUCUGGACGCGUCAAGUCUGCACGAUCUGGUAUCUCUCAUUGCCCAGCGUUCCAAGUUCAUCAGCAAGCACUUCGAACAUAGUGAUGGCACACCUGUCAACGGACACAGUGAAAGACCAUCUUCCCGAAUGUCCACUACGAAUCAGCAGCCUGAUGGCCCUAGAGCGAUAGUACCACCACCACUGCCACUACCAAGUCUGGGAGAUCUUAUUGAAAGACAUCUCUCCGGGGUACGACCUUUUGCAUCUGAUGAAGAGUUUAGCAACACGUUGCGCCUAGCACAAGAUUUCUGUGCGGAAGGCGGUCCAGGUGUUCGCCUAUAUGAGCGGCUUCGGGCUAUGAAAGCAGCUGAUCCAGAGAAUUGGUACCAUGACCUAUUUCUCAAUAACCAAUAUCUCUCCCGCAAAGGUCCACUCGCCCCCUAUGCGCUGUUCUUCUUCACUCAUCCACUAGGUCCGGUGAAGCAUUCACAGGCGGAGCGGGCUGCUCUAAUUGCAUCGACCCUGAUCCGAUACAAAGGAGAUCUAGAGAAAGGGCUGAUCAAGCCGCAAUACAUGAACGAGCAGCAGUUGUGUAUGGACCUGCACAAGAACCUGUUCAGUGCAUGUCGCGAGCCCAGGGAUGGUCUGGACGUUUUUGAAGCCCACCCGGGCAAUGAUUUCUUCAUAAUUUUGCGAAGAGGGCAUGCGUUCAAAAUUGAAUUCCGCCAAGUACUUGAUGACAACUUGUUCGAUCUACUCAGGACCAGCUUCACAGAAAUUUUGAACACAGACUUAAAGGAGGUUGACUGGCUGGGGAUCUUGUCGGGUGAGCACCGAACCUUGUGGGCUAAGAACUACCGAGAUUUUGUCGAGGACAGUCCCCAGAAUGCUGAAUAUGUUCGAACCAUCCAGCAAUCCGCAUUUAUCAUCUGCCUGGACGAAAGCUCUCCAGAGAAUGCAGAACAGCGAGCGCGCCAGGUGCACUUUGGCGACGGGUCAAAUAGGUGGUUCGACAAGAGCAUUGAGUAUGUAAUAUGUUCAAACGGCAUCUCGGGUAUUCUGGCCGAUCACACCGGGCUAGAUGCUCCAACAGUACAGGAUAUCAACCUCGCUAUCGCAGCCGCAAUUCGUGAAUAUGACCCGAGCUUGACAAAGAGGUCUCACCAAGGUAUCCCGUUCGAACGAGUUGUACACACGAACUUCGGCGGAUAUCAAUCCAAUGUUCCGCGCGCGAGAGCUAGUUAUCAGAAGACCAUUGCUAAACGACAACACUUCUUUACCUCGCUAAAUUUCGGGUCGUCCUUCAUGAGAGAACACAAGGUUCCCCCCAAUAGUGGCUUUCAACUCAUCGUUCAACUUGCUGCUCGGUACUUCUUUGGAUAUAUACCCGCAUGCUGGGAAACUGUCCUGCAAACAAUCUUCCACAAGGGUCGAGUUGAGAUCAAUCAAGUGAUUUCCAUGGAAGUCGCCGAGUUCGUCAAAACCGCGGCAGACGAGACGGCACCUUUAUCAGUGUGCCGGCGAAAGUUGAUCGAAGCAGCCCGAAGACACUCGGGCAAUAUACUAGCAGCUACUCGAUCCGGUGGCUCCGAUCGUUUCCUAUCACUUCUCAGAGAGAUAAGCAAGGAUGGUGAGGAGGAUCCAGAAUUGUACAAAGAUCCCCCCUAUGUUCGCUCUCGCCCGAGGAAGAUUAUGAGCAGUUGCUUCAGGACGCAUAUGGCUGAAAAUGGGUGUGUCCAACGCGACGAUGAUUCGAUUUGGUUACAUUUUGAGGUUGACUCCGAGAGGUAUGCUGCUCUUCUCCGUGGAAAUACUAGCGUCUACUGA